UAUGAUAUUAUCAUUUAUCAGUAGUCUCUACCCUUUACUUCACUAGUGCACAUCGCGUUGCAGUGCAACACUGCAACAGUGCAGAUGCAAUUUACAAGAAUUCGGCAGGUUAUAGUUCAUUUUCGAAUGCAUAUCAAUAUAUUGGAUCCUGUUAAUCAGCCCAAAAUUAUUCUACGCAUACUAAAAGUAUAUUCUACAAAAGCGUAUGAAAGGAACUUAAAGAACAAUGUAUUACAUUUUAGAAACAAUUGAAAUUUUGAAUAUGUUACCAUCAGACUGUCAAGUUAGCUCUGAUUCUGAUGAUAAUUUAGAAGAUUUCCCUAGAAAAAAAACUAAACUAUUGGAUAUAAAUGAACAACCAUUUGAUAGAAAUAUUUCAACUGAUAAAGAUAGUCAAAAUUAUGAUGAGACUGAAAUAGACGAUUAUUUUAACUUCAAGGACAAAAAUUUGAAUUCAAAUCAGAUUGUAUCUUUUGGAGAUUCUGAUGAUGAAGAUUAUAGUAAUAUUAAAUAUGAAGACAGUGAAAGUGAAGAGUAUGUACCUAUUUCUGAUGGAGAAUUUGAAUUAGAAAAGUAUGUAAUAAAUGAAACAAAUUCUAAGACUAGUGAUAAUGAAAAAACUGAUGAAUGUGUUAAAGAUGUUGGCCAUAAUGCCAAUAAUUAUAAUAAGAAUGAAUUGUUUACAUCUAUAGGUAUAGAUAAUGACGAAGUAUAUGAUUUACUAGAUAAAGCAUAUAAAGACAAAAAUAAAACCCUUAAUGAACAUAAAAAGAAAACUGUUACUCAAGAUGACUUCAAAGAAUAUGAAAAAAUUGUAUUAGAAGAAGUAUGUAAAAAUCAUUUUGAUAUAUUGCCUGAAAAUUGGAUUGAAGCCACUCAUAAAAGUGGCAUGCCUAUUUAUCUACACAAGAAAAGUAGAGUUGUAACAUUAUCAAGACCCUAUUUUUUAGGACCAGGUGAUCCUAAAUCACAUUUAGCCCCAUUAUCAGCAAUUAGUUGCUUACAAUAUCGAAAAGGUCUUGAAAAUAAAGAAAUUAUAAAAAAUGAACCUGAUUUUCAGAUAAGUAAACUUGGAGAUAUGAUUAUACCAAAUGCUAAAGUUGAGACUGCACAAGAAAAUAUUAUUAAAGAAUCUUUAACACAUGCAGAAUUGCGGGAAUAUUGUCAAUCAUUAUUUAAGUUUAAGGUUAAAAAAGAAAAAACUUCUUGUAAAAUUAUUAAAAAAAAAGAUAUAAAAACAGAAAUUUCUAAUGGUACACUAAUCAAUACCAAAGAAAGACCUUCACUUCCAGAUAGUACUAAACUGAUAUCAUUUCCAGUUCAAACUGAGGAUCACGAUAAACGAUGUAAUCGUCGUCGUGAAUGGAUAAUGAAUCCCAAUGGUAAAAGUUAUGUGAGCAUAUUACAUGAAUAUCUGCAACAAGCAUUGAAAACCCAACCUUGGUAUGAGUUUAAAGAACUUGAAAAUACAGAAACGCCUUAUUCUGCUACUGUUGUGCUUAAUGACGUCCAAUACGGUGUUGGUGUGGGUAAUAGUAAGAAACAAGCAAAACUUAAUGCUGCCAGAGCCACCUUAGAUAUACUCAUCCCGGAAAUGAAAAAUAAAAUAGAUUCAGACAUCAAAAACCAACGUGAUCCAGUUAUAUUUGACCAAAUUAAAGUCACUGACCCUAGAAUUACUGAAUUUUGUGCGAAAACCACAGAACCUAGUCCAUACGCUAUGUUAUUAGUGUGUUUACAAAGGAAUUUUGGUGAAUGUGAAAUAGGUAUUGAAUAUAAAUUAAACAAUCGUCGUAGGAUGCUAAAUCAAUGCACAAUGAUGGUUGGUAAACACACAGCUUCUGUUGCUUGUAAAAAUAAAAGAGACGGCAAACAAAAAGCUUCUCAAGUAAUACUAGGUUUAUUACAUCCACACAUUGAUAAUUGGGGUUCGUUGUUACGGCUGUACGGCAACCGGAGCAUUAAGAAUGCUAAAGAAAAAAAACAAGAAGAGCAAGAAAUCACCCAGCUUCAAAGUAAGGCUGCUGUGAAUCAACCCAAUUUUGCUAUAUUAAAUAAACUUAAAGAAGAAAUGUUAAAAAUUAGGGAUCAAAGAAAAUUAAAAGAAACUAAUGAAAUGUUAGGACUACCGCAUACAAUGCUUGGUAUAUGUCCGUAUACCAUAGCAAUUCCAUCAUCGUCAAGUCCCACGUAAGAAAUAGUUUAGACUAGUUUAUUUUUUUUUUUGUGUUCAAGUUUAUCAACCACUGAUGUUCAAUUAACUGUUAUUCAAUUCAAUUGUUUUGUUCCUAAAAGUGAUAUAUGAUGUUGAUUAAUACUAGUGUAAUAUUUAGGUAUUAAUUUAUACUAUAAUGUAAUGGGUUAACCUAAUGUUUAAUUUAUGAAUACAAUAUUUACAACAAAUUGUAAAUAAAUAAUGUAUAUUUAAAAAUACCGGGGUUGAUAUUUCAAUAUCACCAGAAUCAAAAACCUAUAAUUAAAACUACUAUAACAAUAUAUAGUACCAUAGGCACAUUUACAAGUGGUGCAGGAUAUGCUAUAGAAAUUUGUUGCGAUGAAUUAUGAUUGACUUAACUACGUUCUAGACCAUAUUGUGGAGAGGAUUACAUCUCCAAAAUACUAAUGUAUGCAAAGGGCAUUAUCAGCUUAAAAUUGUAUUAAGUGGCAAUUUGUUAUUUUAUACUUCUAUGGUGCAAAAAUAUAACAUUUU